CGCCUGGGUUUAGAAGAAGAAAACCGUAAUCCGGAAAAUGAAACGGUCAAACGUCACGCAUAAAAAAAAAACCAUUUUACAUAUACGUGAGGUGGGAGGAUGUAUCUUUUUUAACGCAAUAGAAAAAGAAAACCGCGCUCUCUCUCUUUUGUCUCAGGGUUUGUUAUGCUGAUCGAUACAACACGUGUUAUCUGAUAAACACUUGCGCUUAGAGAAUUCUACGCUCGAGAAAUGCCAGAGACAUCAAUCUAUUCUUCGCGAUAAAACCCAGUCUUUUAUCGCGGCUUGUUAAAAUUUACGAUAAUUAUUCGGUCGAGUUAUUCGCGAAAAAUUAAACGUCUACGACACGUACUGUUAGGUACUGUUAGUGUUAUUUAUUUCUUCGAAACGAAUGUUUGACGGAAGACACCUUUAAACUUAGGUGACUGCGUUUUGCAUUGAUUAGCAUGCUUGAAAUCGCACUUAUCGCUCUGUCGCGCUUGCUAAUGCGCAAUUUUCUUUUCUACAUGAGGGAAAUCCUCACAUGGACGCUCUCGGAAUUGGAAGAAGGGUGGUGCCGGAUUGUUCCCGGCUGAAAAACCCCCAUGGUGACUUUCCUCGGGUCUACGAGAGGCUCCCGAAUUUGACGGACACGGCUAACUAUACGAAGGUCGUGAACGCGGUCGCUGAAAGGGUAAAGGGCACGGGUCUCAAUGUUCUUUUCAACAACGCCGGUAUCUCCAGCAAAUUCACGCGUCUCGGCCUCGUGAAGCAGGAACAGAUCACGGACGCUCUUCUGAUAAACACUGUGGCGCCUAUUCUGCUCACGAAGGCUUUCCUGCCGCUGCUGAAAGCAGCCGCAAAAAACGCCGCGGACAAAACGGGACUGAGCGUGAGGAGAGCGGCCGUCGUCAAUAUGACCUCUAUCCUGGCCAGUAUAGCUCAGAACAACGACGGCGGGUUUUAUCCUUACAGAUGCAGCAAGACGGCGCUCAACGCGGCGACCAAGUCGAUGAGCGUCGAUCUGAAACCGGACGGGAUUCUGGCGGUGUGCCUGCACCCCGGAUGGGUGCGAACCGAUUUGGGCGGUAGUAACGCACCGAUGGACGUCGACAGCAGCGUCAGUCAGAUUCUGAACACCAUGAACUCGCUCACGGAGAAGCACACCGGCUGUUUCGUACAGUACGACGGCAAAACACUGCCCUGGUGAUGGUCAAAACACAAAUUUACUCAGAAAAAAAGAAUACGUUCGUGUACAUAAUGUUUUCCUAAGUAAUGAGAUUUUAAUAGUCUAAAUUAACAUUUCAAAUACACAUUACAUAUACAUGUCAUCCAUUUGUUUUUGUUUGUUUUUUUUUUUUUUUUU